AAGAAGACCUCAGAGAAUGAGCUAGCUAACUUGUUGACCCGUAAGGUUACAUUAGUAAAUACCAAUCGUCAGGUCCAACGCGGGAAAGAACUUCUUAAGCUCAUUGAAUUGUGUAUGGAUGAUGUGCGUCAUCUCCUCGACCUUCAGCCGCUCGACGAUUACUCGAGCUACAUUUUACGGUUUGGACAAAGUGGACACUGUCAAAUGCAAACCCAAACGUUGGACGACUGCGUUUCAAGAGAUGUGCAAACUGGGGACCCCAGGUCUGCCCCCUACUCUUCAUGGACUCAAGCUCCACCUAUCUAUGAUAAUGGCUAUUCAGGCCAUGACUACCACACCGCAUCUGCACCUGUUUUACAUCCGGAGGACUGUACCAUCGACAUUGAUGAGAAUUUACAAUCAGUCUUGCACAAAUCUUACUUAGAAAUUGCGCCUUUGCGGAAAUCUUCAAUAAGGGAAAAUACACUCACUGACUUCUCUGCCGCAACUUUGCACCGACUUAAAGCAAGCAUGAACACGGUGCUUGCAGUGCUUGAAGAGGAUGCGGAAGAACGUUGUGACGGCGUUUUUGAGAAUAGGCUUGCCAUGAAGGAUAACAGCGUCCAGAUUUCACUGUCUCUUUCAGCUAGCACAGUUUUUGAUAUCCAUGAGCGGUGCUAUCAAACCAUGGUGGACUUGGAGUGCAUCUACUGCGAGUUCUCAACCACAUCCCCUUGUCGUCUGUUCAGCUUACAUCGUCUCAAGUUGCCAGAUAACGUGCAUCCUCCUACGGGCCCUUCCCCCUGUGACGUUGUCUGCGUGUGGCAGCUUAACGUCGGCUCUGGACACGGUCGUGUCGAGCGUAUUCUCACGUGUCCAGGGCUCUUGCCCAUGUCAGGACGUGCCCUUAGUUUAAUGGAACCCAACAAAUUUAUCAGUGGAGUAGGCGAAGGAAUUACAUGCGUUUUGGCAGAAGCUGGUCAUGAAUUUGAUGUGGUAAGCCCUCAAUCUGCACCCUUAGUGCAAUUUUGUACUGCAAUCUUCUUGGUGGACUUGGCUAAAUGGUGUUGCAUGCAUGCAAAACGAUGCAUCACAUGUCUUGUUCAGGUUGUAGGUGGUUUGAGUGAUGGAAGCUUGGCCGUCUGGGAUUUAGCCACCAGCUUUUCUAUUCCCUCCAGCCAAUUGACAGCAAAAGACCACAAGGACUCGGCUUCCCUUCCCGCUUUAUUCGAUUACGCGCAUUCGCCAGAUUACGUUGCCUUUUCCGCCUUCACAGAGAAGCCCAGGAACCCUGAUCUUCAGUCGCUAUUUAUCUCGCCAAUCAUUGCACUGAAGUCCCUAACCACGAAGCACCAAUUCUUAAACAGCUUCCAAUUGUGUUCUCUUGACGCCCGCGGAAAUCUGGGCAUUUGGAUGGCAAUGAAAAUACACCCACAAAUGUUCAAGGACCAGGCUGGAUCUACCACCGACUUGGGACUGCGUCCAGGUUGUUGCGUAAGACUGAUUCAGCUGUCGAAGUUCACUGCUGAAAACGACCGCGUCCCCAGGCGAUUGGCCGAAGACCAGACCUCCAGUUAUUUGGCCCCUUUUACCACGUGUUUGGAGGUGUGUCAGACAAAAGACACCUUCUUAAUUGGCUCCGAGGACGGUACCAUCAGACAGCGGUGUCGCGCGGCCACCAGGUCGAUUUAUCCAAAUUGUUUUUCUACCGGUGCUGCUGCUGCUUCGGUGACAUGCCUCGCUGUGCACCCAGUCCUCCAAAACCUCCUCCUUGCAGGCUACGCGGAUGGCCGACUGGCUCUCUUCCUGACUCACCUGUCGCGACCUGCGUUCGAGUGGUGCAUGAAAUCCACCAAUGGCGACGGGGUCGCAAAUGCCGCGCGUAAAGUCGUCUGGUCGCCGCACCGUCCCAGUGUCGUCUACUGCCUCACAGGCGUCGGCGACGUGGUGGUCUGGCUGCUGGGCGGUCGCAGCGGGGGCAGCAUCGAGCCCAGCCACCAGACCCUCAUCCGAGGCGUCGGCGAGGCACGACGAGUGGCCGAUUUUGCCAUCUCAGGAAGCAGUAGCAAGUGUCUGGCUGUCUGCUGGCCCCACGGCGCCGAAAUCCACUGGCUGGAGGACAAUCUGACCGUGGUUCAAGUCGACGAGGUUAAAAUGCUGCAAGACCUCCUCAAUCGUUUGUUUUAA